UGUGGAUAGCCCCUUACAUGAACGCAUACUAAAUUAAUUAUUGUGAUAAAUAGCAAGUAUUAAGACUAUACUUCCGACUACAACACGAGUUGCCAUAUGUAGAUUUUUUGAAUUUUGCGCUUUUUUCCAGUCUCGUCUUUCGUUAGCCAGUCUCUAUACUAAACUAAAAAAGAUAUGUAUUUAAAUUAAAUACCUAACUAAUCCUCUUUGGCCGCCGUGAAAUCUAAAAAUAGUGAUAGCUUUUUCUGAUCAACAAACUUAAAAUCAUACAGUUUCGAUAAAUUUCGAUUGAACUUCAACCAACGCAAUGCAGCACUAUUAUAACUACUUGGCUGACCAGAUAAACAUACAAAAACAAAACAAAACAAAAGCUGAAGUCGAGAAAAAUUGUGAUUAUUUACCUUUUUGAUAUUAUUAAAAUUUAUAUUCAAGAAAGGAAUUUUAUAUGUAUUUAGAAUAUAAUUAUAAACACAUAAAUGUAUCCUGGAAUAAUGAGAAAGAUAAGCCUUUGUAGAUUUUUUGUAAUAUUAUGUGGACUAACUAUUACAUAUAUUUUCUAUUCAAAGGUUACUGAUAUUGAUUUGUAUAAAAAAUACUCGAAUAAAAGGUUUAACAGAAAUGUAGGCCAUCCGAAAAGCACAGAUAAGAUAAUCAUAUCAUUUGUAGUGUGUGACUCUAGAUUCGAAGAAUCACUGAAUGUUAUAAAAUCUGUGUUGCUGUUUACGAAAACACCCGUAUAUUUUGUUAUAUUUGCGGACGACGUUUUAAAACCAAAGUUUAAGGACAUACUUAGCAAAUGGAAAAGCUUCAGGAAUGAUCAGUUGGAUUUUGAAUUAAAAAGCAUAAAGUUUCCCGAAGCACACAAAGAUGACUGGCUGAACCUGUUUAGCAAAUGUGCCGCUCAAAGGCUGUUUAUACCAGAUUUAGUGCCACAUUUUGAUGCCAUGAUAUAUGUGGAUACAGACACGUUGUUCCUGGGGCCAGUAGAUGAGGUGUGGAGUUACUUUUCGAAGUUCAAUAGUUCACAGCUGACUGCAAUGACCCUUGAGCAUGAGAAUCCUAAUGUUUCCUGGUACCCGCGGUUUGCAAAGCAUCCUUUCUAUGGAAAGACUGGUCUGAAUUCUGGUGUAAUGCUUAUGAAUUUAACAAGAAUGCGGGAUUUUGGGUGGGUGGUCUAUGUAACUCCAAUAAUGAUGAAGUGGAAGCUAAAUAUCCCAUGGGGUGACCAGGACAUAAUCAAUAUAAUAUUACACUACCACGAGCGCGCGGUGUACGUGUUGCCGUGCCGCUACAACUACCGCACCGACCAGUGCGUGUACGGCGACGCGUGCGCAGACGCCACUACGCAGGGUGUACACUUGUUGCACGGCAGUCGCCAGGCCUUCCACAAGAAGGAGCCCGCCUUUCAAGCUAUAUAUCGAGCGAUUGACGAGCACGAUCUUGCAAGAGAUACUCCAGAAAGUCUGUUAAACAAUAUGGAAAAGUAUUUUGCUAACACCACAUCGACCAACUGUGGCAGUCUAAAGGACGCCUUCUUCAGGGUACCUGUGAAGACGUUAACUGACUUUUAUUCUAAGCCAGACAGGUAGCAGACAGGACUGUAUACAAUGAAAUAAGUGUAAUUUAUGAGAUGACAAGUGAUUUUCACAGGGAAGCAUGAAAUAUGCUCAAAAGAGGUUUAAUUGAAUUUUCUAAUUAUUUCUAGAAUAAGUACCUAUUGCCAAGCGCACACCACAGGAAUUGUGGCGGCGGUGCUUAUUGAAUGACAGUCAUUUUAAAACUUUAACUUUUUAGAUUAGCUCGCGUGCAAAAAGUGUCUCAGAUUGUUUUUUCGUCUAAUGUCUUUAUUAUAUAUUAGAAAGAGGCGUGAUUUUAUGUAUGUAUGUAUGUAUGUCUUUAUUAGGUUAAUAGUAAACUGCAGUUUUUAAAGCGCGCACCAUCGCCGCACUUCAGGUGCUAGCUGAACUUUCAAAAACCUCUAUAUUUUUCACCGGAAAAUCACAAAAACCGCAGGUUUAUAGACUUCCUAGGAAAUUUACAAACUUCGUAGGAUUCUAAACGAGACAUAAUAGCAAGUUUAUCAAUUUACGGAAAUGUGGACGUAAAAUAAUUCUCUCCUUUAGAAUCCUACGAAAGUUUUUAAAUUUCUUUGAAUUCAUUAACUUGCGGUUUUUGUUAUUUUCCGGUGGCAUAUACAUACAUAUUGCGUAAUGUUUGAUACUAAAGUUGUUAAUAAACAAGCACUUUAUCUGAAUAUUCUGAUCUCUUAUCAUUAUUGUAUAAUAAUCAUGAAUUCGGUUUUGGAAACCAAUUAAGUAGUUAUAUUAACAAAUCAGUAUUAUAUUGUAUGGGUAUUUUUAUGUUAUAUAAUAAAAGCAUCUAAAAAACAUUCAUUGCAUUUAGAAACAAUAACGGUAAUAUAUAGAACUAGAGGCCGUAUGAGUAGGAUAACUGUAUCUGGAACUGCUCUAUGCCUUGUUCUUAACUGCUUUCGGUGAGACUUUUCAUAAAUGCAACUUUCACAUGUCUUUUUAUCUGGACUAAGUUGAAUGCCUAACUCACCCUUUAUCAUGCGAAUGGCUUGUCGUUUGUUUUGCCCCCGUAGCAUGGCACACGUGACGCCAUUAUCGCCCGAAAAUCGCUGUUUCGCUUUUUAUUAUGACGUGAAAUGGGACAGCGAUAGUUUAUCGCGCGUGCCAUGCUAUGCGGACUGAUGCGUUAGUCGUUCAUGGUACAACUAAAGCAAAUUAGAACCUAUCUCAGCGUUAAUUCUAUAGCUUAGUUGAAAUAAUAGUUUUUAUUAGUCAACUAGUCCACCACAAUGGGCUCUGAUUUCAACAACUUUAGUCGUGCCGACAACAUCUAUCUUACGUUUUCUGGUUUUUAGAAGUAAAUACAUUAUUUUGCACAGUAUCUUGUGCAACCAGUGGUGAAAACAGGUUUUUGAUUAAGGAUGGUACCUACUAGCCACACAUUGUUCAAAGUUAUCAUCUCUUUGAUCUCAUCACAUUGACAUGAUGAUGCCACCUCUACAGGACCUCUGAAGAACUAUCCUAUGGAAGUGCCAUAUGCAUGUACUUUUCCUGCAUACCUAAAUAAACAAACCCGGAUACAAACAUGGCGGACUAGAGAUGUUCACUUGUUCAUUUAGACGAUAAUAUUUUAUCGAUGGAUGAGUGAGUUAAGAUUGUUUUUACCGAUCACACUUGUAACUAUAAAGUUAAAUACUUCUGUGAUUUGGUUCUACAUCGGGAAUGCUAACUAUCUUGGCUAUAAUCUAAGGUCCAACAAUAUUUUAUCUAUCACCUAUAUCAUUCUGAUAAAAAUUGUUUCAAGAUCAAAUAUAAUUAAUAACCAUCAAAUAUGAUUCAGAUUAUAGCUUAACCGCUGGACCGUUUGUGAUGAAAUUUGGUGUGGAUGUAGUUAAAUACCCGAGUUCAAAUUAAGGUUACUUUUUAUGUAAAUAAAUCAUGUGUGUCAGAAUGGCGGGUGUACCUCACGGAUUUUAAU